AUGCCUACCGUCGAGCUGCGUCUGCCUAAGGGCGUCUCGCACGUAUUCGACAUCGACGGCCACCGGCUUGCCGAGUUCUUCAAGGGCCUGACCAACGAUGAGGCGACUCUGGGAGAGCUCGGCGACUUUGCGAUCCAGAUUGACGACGUGCCGCCAGGCUCGGUCGAGGUCACCGUGGUGGAGCAGGGUGGAGGCACGCGCACCGUGACCGUGCCCACACCGGGCAAGGUUGGUGCGCUGCAGGCGGCGCUCGGGCAGGCGUACGACGGGGACAUGUCGACCAUGACCCUCAUGAUGGAGGGCAAGUUCAAGGUCGUGGUCAACGUUGUCAUUUCCUCCUCUGUACUUGAACCGUCCGGCAUGUCGUGGCGCGACGACGAUCCGAUCGGCUUCGCGUACAUCCUCUGCCUUGGCGUCACCGUCGGCCUUCAGCUCGCAUGCUUCGCCGUCGCGGCGGCGCUUCAGUUCGACAAGAUCACGGAUCUGGCGGGCAGCCUGAACUUUGUCGUGCUGGCCGUGCUGACGCUGCUCCUUGCGGAGGACAUUGGCGCGCGCCAGAUUGUUGUGAGCUGCCUCGUGGCCGUCUCGCGGACAGAGCUCGCCGCCUUCCUGCUCUACCGCGUGCUUCAGCGCGGCAAGGACGCCAGGUUCGACACCGUGAGGGAGCGGCCGCUCGUCUUCCUGAUCUUCUGGGUCUGGCAAAUGCUCUGGGUGUUCGUCGUUUCAUCUUCGGUCAUCUUCAUCAAUUCAGCGGGCCACCUCGCCUCGCCCACCCUUUCGGCGGCGGAUUACGUCGGUUGGGCUCUCUUUGGCUUGGGCUUUGCGGUUCAGGUCGUCGCAGACGUGCAAAAGUAUCUCUUCCGGGCAGACCAGGCCAAUCGCCGUCGUGUGUGCGACCGCGGGCUGUGGCGCUUCUCCCGCCACCCCAACUUCUGCGGCGAGGUGCUGCUGUGGAUAGGCGUCUACGUGGCAGGGGCGCCGGUCUUUCGUGCCGCUCCCGCCGGCUGGUGGACGGUCGCCUCUCCUCUCUUCACGCUCGCGGUGUUAACGCUCUUCACGGGAAUCCCGCAAGCAGAGGGGCAGAACGCGGUGCGAUGGUACGAUGGCGGCGAGGCGCAGGCGCAGUACGAGGUCUACUUUGAGAGGACGCCACCACUGUGGCUGCUGCCGCCACAGCUGUACCGGCUGCUGCCGCGUCGCGCCAAGCUGCUGCUCUGCUGCGAGCUCCCUCUGUACGCGUACCGUCCCUCGAGCGAGCCGGUCGGAGGACGGUCGGCGAGCAGUGGUCUGGGGGAGCCGUUGUCCGCUCCCGACACGGAGGGCACGGACCACAGUUAA